AUGACCGAUUCAUUAUUGAUUAUGUUCCAACAAGAACGAGAACAUUUAUCACAAUUACAAAAUCGUCUUUUAACAAGUCCAAUUGAUAGUAUUCCAAUAGAUGUUUACAAAGAAUUAAUGGUAACAUAUUUAUGUUUAUCAAAAAUUAAUGAAGCGAAAUUCUUAUGGGAAAAUCUUCCAGCUAAUAUGAAAACAGAUAAAGAAUUUCAAUUCUUAGCCUCAUUAGUUUCAUCACUUAAUUUAAAACAAUAUGAAGAUUUUUAUAGAUUAUGUCAAAGAGGAGUUGAAAAUAGUUCAUUAUAUGAUAUAUCACCUCAAAUAAAUCAAUAUAUUCAACAAUUAAUUUCUCGAGUUACAAUACAAAAUGUUCAAUUAAUUGAACUUGCAUAUAAAUCAAUUUCAUUUGAUGAUCUUCAAAAAUUUUUUGGUCUUAAUCGAAAAAUGGUUCAACAGAUUUGUAAUGAACGUGCUUGGCAAAUUGAUUCAGGAGGUAUUUAUGUUCUUCCCAAAUCUAAUGAUAAUUUAUCUGCAGCAUCAAAUACUAAUUUGGCUAAAUUGGUUGAACUUGUUUGCUUCUUAGAAAGAUAA